AUGCAGUAAGAAACUAAUUUAUUUGGCGAUUAAUUGCAAAAUACACCUGGCUAUUAAUUAUUAGGGUCAAAUCUUAGUUCAUUUUAUGAUCCUUAAUUAAAAAUAUCAGGUUGCAUAUUAAAAAAUUCCAGUCAACAUUAAAUUAAUGAGUAUGAAAAAAUGAUUUGUAAAGAUGGUGUUAAAAUAAGAAUUUUUCUUGGAAAUACUGGAAGCGGUAAAAGUAGCACAUUAAAGACAAUAACUAAUUAAGAUGAAAUUUUAGUGAGCGACGGGAGAGAUUCAUGCACGUAAAAAUGCAAUAUUUACAUAAAAGAUGGAAUUAAGCACAUUGACACCCCUGGCAUUAAUGAUACAAAUAGGAUUAGAGAAGAAAUAAUAUUUGAAAUUGUUAAAUUCCUGUUUACUGAAAAAAUCAAAAUAUAAUAAUUAUUUUUCGUUUAUGUAUCAAAUAAAUAGCUUUAGACUUAACAAAAAGAUAUCAAUGAGUUAGUCUACACUUACUUCUUAUAUGAAUUAUUUGGAGAUUUGAUUAGCGAUCCAAUCACUCUAAAGAGACUUAUUGCUGAAUUCUAGAAUAGCGAUAACUUCUUGAAGUGGGUUUAGUGCAAAUACCAUACUGGUCAAGAUAAAUACAGUGACUUUAGAAUUCAAAUUUACAAAGAAAAAGAUAAAGCAUUAAAUUAUAUUCAAUAUGCCAAUAGUUAUCAUAUUUUUGUUUAUACUCAUUUUGAUAGAUAGCCAAAUAUAACUUUUAAAAAACGCAACGAAUACAUGCUAGAUUCUCUCAGAAAGUAAAUUUGGUCAAACAUUACAGAUUCUGAACUGAGUAAACUCUAAAAAUAUGCAGAUGAUAUCCAAUAACAAGAAAAAAGUUUAAAUGAAAAAAUUCUUAGAAUUGUAGAACUUGCCUAAAGCUGUUUUUUAUAUGAUAAUAAAUAAAAUGUACAAAAUAUUAUUCUUAUAGGCGAAUCUUAAGUCGGUAAAUCUUCUUUGAUAGAAUAACUAACCAAAUAUAAAGGACUUGUAGGGGAUUCUAUCAAUUCUAAAUCUAGAUUUUGCGAAAUAUUCCCAGUUAUAUAUAAUAAUGUCAGAUACAACUUUAUUGAUACUCCAGGAUAUGGAGGAACUGAGAACAGAAGCAGCUACUUAGAUAAUUUUAAAUAAAUAGCUGACUUUCUUAGAAGGAAUAAAAUAUUAGAAUUCAAAAUUUUAUUUGUUAGAAAUGCAGAAAUAUAAUAUAGAGAUAACACUGAUUAAAUUGUAAAACAAUUUCUUCUUUUUAUUUCAGAGCUAUUUGACUAGGAAGUUACUUUAGUAGACUCAGAUAUGCUAGAUGACAUCCUUACAUAAGGCUUUAAUAAUGAUAUAAGCCAAAAAAAUAUUAGAUAUGUCAAGAGUAAAAUGAUUUAAGUUGAGAGAUUGACAGAUAAUGAUCGAAGAGGCGGUAUCUAUUUCAAUAAUUUUGAAUUAAAGAGCGUUGAAUUUAAGUGCAACUAUAUGCAUGAGGGAGAACUCUAAAAAAUAGAUGAGUAAGAAGAUUAGCUACAAAUAUAGACAUUAUUCAAGGCUAUCAAUUCUAUUGAUAGCUUUUCAGUAGAAGACAAAAUUUAGUUGAAAAUAACAAAAUUUUAAGAUUUCUAAAUAAUUACAGAUCCAAAUGAAUAUAAGAAAUAAUACUAAAGGAUAUUUAUUUUAUAUCGUGAGCUCGACAAUAUAACUGCAUAAAUUAAUGAACCUUAAAUUCCAUCAUAAGAAUCAUAAGAUCAAAUAGCAUAAAAGAUAGGCAUUUAAAAGGAAUUAGAUGCUUUACACUUUGGAUUGAUUACUAAUUUUAAUAAAAUAGAUGAAGUUUAAAGUGUUUUAUAACUGCUUUUUAAUGAAAACUUUAAUAUAUUAGACAAAGACUAAAGAGAGAGAGUCAUACAAUAAUAAAAUAAAUUAAAAAACAACAUUUAAAGACAUUUUUUAAUAUUGUAUUAAUGGAAUUCUUACUAAUUCGAAAAAGAACCAUCAAGCGAAAAAAUUUUACUCUCAAGAAAACAGCUUCACUUUUGGAAUUUAGUUUAUCAUCUUUAACCAGUUAUUGAUAUCUAAAAACACAGGUAGACUUUGGAAGAUCUAGCCAAAUUAAAAGUGAUCAAAGAGAUUACUGCUUAUUAGACAAUUUAAAAUGGGAUAAUUGAUGCUUUUCAAUACGAAGACUAAGAAAAAAUAAAUUUUACCAUUUAGCAAUUUUUUGAAGCCAUGGAUAAAAUUAUUGGAGUUGGAGGAGAAGGAAUUAGAAAUAUGACAUACUUCAGUUAUAAUGCUAAGCUAUUAAUAACUUCUUUCAAAGCAAUAAAAGAGGUCAAUAGAAUUUUACUUGCUUUAAAUGUAGUUGCAUCACUUGCUAGUAUUGGAUUUGACUUUUCUUCUUAUUAAAAGAGAUAUAUUUGCUCUUAAUAGAUGCAGCUAAAUACAGUUUCUAAUGUUUUAAGUGGAUUUCUUGGUAUUGCUGCUUUUUUAAUCCCAGGAAUAGGAUGGAUUGUUGGUGGAAUAGCAGCAGCAAUAGGAUUAAUAGGAAACUUAUUUUCUCAAUUGAGCUUUACAGACAAAUAAUAGUUUGAUAAAACUAUUGGAUUAUUCUUUAAAGAUUUUCUAAACGAAAAGAAAAUUAGUUUAUUGUAUUUUUAAAAGGCAGAUUUGCUAAAGAAGAAAAACUGUGUUGAAUUAUAUUCUCAACCAUAGUGCAGCAAGGCUUACGAAUGGUUUAGAGAACUAGAAAAAGACAAUUUUACAAGCAACAAACAGAUUUUAUCAAAUAUUCAUAAAGGGACAUAGUCUGACAAAUAACUUAAGGAUGAAAUUUCUUAAUAUAUUUUUAAAGAAAAUAUUAUUAAUAAAUUGUUCUUUUAAUUUGAUGAGGUUAAAUCUGACUAAAUUUAAACUUAAAUUUCAGAAAUUAAGCAAUGUAUCCUCAUUAAUGAUUAAAUUAUUUAAACCUUUUUUAAUCGCUUCAAAGUAGAGGAUUAAAAAAUAUAUGAGAAAAUAUAUUCUAAACUCGAUUAUAAAAAAGAAGUUGAAAUAAUUUUGAAAUCAGAAAAUCCUACAGAAAAAUAAUUAGAUCACUUCAAUAAUUGCAUGAAACAGUACUCCAUUGAUCUUAAUAAUUUUGUAGAUAAAAUUAAAUAAACUAAUUAUAGUUAUGAGGAAUAUAUUGAGUUUGCUAAUGGAACGUUAAGAAAAGGUAAUAAUUUUGAAAUUUUACUCAAUAGCUAUUCUAAUUUAGCUGUAGAAAAGCAAAAAUAUUUAAGUGAAAGUGAACAAAGCUUAAUUACAGAAAUCAAGUUAUCUCAAUCAAAUUAGAAUUUGUUUGCAAUUAAAGAAGAAUUUCAAAAUAAAAAUUUUUUUAAAUUAGGCAAACCAAUCUAAGCUUUAUUAGAUUAAAUAUCCUAGUUGUGUAAUUAUGAAACUUUCAUAUCUUCAAGGUAUUUGUAAAAGUUCAAAGGCAGAGAAGAGCUUAAUCUAAGUUUCUGUUCUUAAGAAGAUAAUCUAGAAAACAACUUAGAAAAAUCUGUAGAUUUGUUAUCAUUUUUAAAAGAAAAGGUGUCUGAAGAAGAAUUUAUGUAAUGUGUUUCCAAAUCAUUUUAGUAAAUUGAUACAGCUACUUACACAAGAAUAUAAUCCUUCUAUAGAGCUUAUUAAUCUAUAUAAGCGAUAUUCAACUGA